ACCCUUGCUCGCCCACCCCCGAGCCGCCCUUUUGGAAGAUGCCGCAUAAAGAGGAGGACUUGAUGCACGGGGGUGGCGCGGGUAUUGGCGGGGGUUCUAUGGUCGGACAGAACUCAAUAUUUGGGUGCUCGGCUGCAGGACACAGCGGAGUUAACCAGCUCGGCGGCGUUUACGUCAAUGGCCGACCACUGCCGGACUCCACGAGGCAGAAGAUCGUCGAGCUGGCCCACAGCGGGGCCAGACCGUGCGACAUAUCGCGCAUACUGCAGGUCAGCAAUGGAUGCGUCUCCAAGAUCCUCGGCAGGUAUUACGAAACAGGCUCGAUCAAGCCGCGGGCAAUCGGCGGUAGUAAGCCACGAGUGGCGACAACGCCUGUGGUCAACAAAAUCGCCGAUUACAAACGAGAAUGUCCCUCGAUCUUCGCCUGGGAGAUUCGCGAUCGACUUUUGCAAGAAGGUGUUUGCAAUAACGACAAUAUACCCAGCGUGUCGUCUAUUAACAGGGUACUCAGGAACCUGGCCUCGCAGAAGGAGCAACAGGCGGCCGCGGUGCAAGCGCAUCAGGGUGCCGAGAGCGUCUACGACAAGCUGAGAAUGUUUAACGGGCAGGCAGCAGGCUGGCCGCCAGCGUGGUACUCGGCAACACCUCCCCAUCAUCCCCUGACCACGGGAAUUCCAACCGCGGCAACUCCUGGAUCCGGCCAGACUCUCUUGCCCGGUAGUCAACUUCACGGACGCGACGACUCUUUGCUGAAGCGAAGUGAUACCGGGUCUCUAUUGUCGCAUCAGCAGGAGACAACUUCGGACGGUAAUUCGGAGCACAACUCCUCUGGCGACGAGGACUCGCAAGUGCGGCUGAGGUUGAAGAGGAAAUUGCAGCGCAACCGAACUUCCUUCUCUAAUGAGCAGAUAGACAGCCUCGAGAAAGAAUUCGAGCGGACACAUUACCCGGACGUGUUUGCACGGGAGCGUCUCGCCGAGAAGAUCGGAUUACCUGAGGCACGUAUCCAGGUGUGGUUCAGUAAUCGCAGGGCGAAGUGGCGUCGAGAGGAGAAAUUACGGAACCAGAGGAGGGCCGCCGUCGAUCAGGUGGUCGCUGGCGGCAGCGGCGGAGGUAGCAGCGGCGCCGCGCCUCCCGCGGCCACCCCUGCUACGCCACGGUUGCCCUUAAACGCCGGAUUCAACGCCAUGUACUCGUCGAUACCACAACCGAUCGCUACCAUGCCCGAUACAUACAGCUCGAUGUCAAGUAGUCUGGGAGGGUCAAUGGGUGGAAGCUGUCUUCAACAACGUGCAGAGGGUUAUCCAGCGUACGUGUUUCACGAGCCUCUCCAUUCGCUCACGCAGUCUUAUUCUCACGCACACAGCGCGGCCGCGGCCGCGCACUCGCAACCACAUCGCGGCAUCCCGACGUCUCAUGGUGGCACCCCCGCGACGCCGGGAGGACAACCCGCUGGACCAGGUGGAGCACCCUAUCAGCCGACGACCUCGACCGCAACCGGAGUGAUAUCAGCCGGCGUCUCGGUGCCGGUUCAGAUUCCCUCGCAGACCCCGGACCUGACGGGCAACUAUUGGCCGAGGCUCCAGUGAUCCCAGCUCUUCGGGUUCCCGCCCGCGAGCUUGCUCGUAGGCCAGGAGAGCCCGCCGCCGCCGAGCGCCACCCCAGGCGCGGUGCCACGACCGCUCCUCGCAUCCCUCGGGAUACCGACACAGUCGACGCAGCAUCAGGCCCCCAGCACACCAGCGACCACCCCCGUACACAACUCCGACACCAGUGAGUGAAACGACUGAAUUUCCGCGAUCCGUACUCCCGUCGCGCGAGUGAUCUCUUGUUCGAGAUAGGGCGCGGUGUUUCCUCGCGCUUGGUUGCCGACGGCGAUGAUCGCCGUCGCGACGCCACGGCAAACGCGAAGAGAGAGAGACGCUACGAGGAAAGCUCGUCCCUUCGACGGUUCGCGCGAAUAGCGUGACGUCGAUCGAAGACGCGUAGUUAGUGACGGUUGUGCGUGGAAUGAACGCAGUUUCGAAUAGUGAUGCGAAUUAUCCGAAAUUUUUCUUCAUUUUCCCAUUUGAUUGAACAAUGUCACUUGUUCAUUUUUGCAGUAAUUUAUUUAUUAACGAAUGUUCUCUUCACCCACAAAUGCAAGCUGAUAAGAAUUAAUAAGCUUUUUGUCGGUAAUAUCAUUGGGAGCAUGCUUGCAUCUAAUUUCUAGAGUUUCGAGUGACAAUAUUCGUUUGUAGAAUUAAUAUUAUUAAUCGCGUGCAUAAUUUCCUCGUAGACCGGAUUAAUAACUCGCGUCCUCGAAUGUUUACGACCGUCAAUUUUCUGAAUGGCAAUACCUAUCUACGAAACUAUUCGAUUAGAGUUAGGAGAUAGGAUAGGUUCCCCCUUCUUGAACAAUUUAUAAAUUUGCCAACGCCCGCAUUGGCGAUGAGUAAUGGAACGUAUGUCGCAAAAUUUUUGCAUGAGAGAAGCAGCAGCUCAUCGCAAUUAAAUUCUCUUUGAAGCCGAAUGAAAAGAUUUUUUACUAACGCGAUCUGAUUACGCAGAGCGAAAUUUUAGGCAGCGCAAUAAGUUUUAUAAUUCGAGCUGGAACCAAUGGACUUUAUCCAUCUUCCACUUCGUGUCUGAUCUAGAUUUCGUAGAUGUAUACGCAUGACCCCGGGUCACGCAGGGUAUUUAUCUAUUCACGAUAGUGUGUGUAAAUGAUUUACGUUAUUACGCUACUAUCGUUAUUAUGGCGAGGAUUUUCGCAUGGAGAACCACUCAUUGUCAUCAAGUUUAUACGAAAACGUAAUUUCCUGAAGAUGUUCAUUAUAUAUAAUUUGAAAAUAAUCUCUCGCAUAUUUGUCUGCCGAUACCGCUAUGAAAGAAUCUUUUCAACGUGCACCAUAAUGUGCUGGAAAAGUUAUUUUUCACUUCGUUCAACGUGCGCGAAUUCUCCCUUUAGUUUCCCAAAAGUCGAUCGAUGUCAAGAGCAUUCAUUAAAUUUACAGCGGCUCUCGUUUUUCGGUAUCGGGGAGCUUUAUUACCGGAUUUAUUGGAUAGCGUCGGGCGCAUAUUGUUUGCCGCACGUUGUAUCGGUUUCCGGCAAAUAUUUUCCUUCGUGUAAGGGCGGCCGCGAACCGCGUGGAAAUUGAAAGGGAGCCGCAGACACGUAGGCGGCUCCCGCCGAAAUAUAUUCUCGCGAGAGUUUAGGGUGGUCUCCCGAUGAGGCUGAUUUCGUUGCGGGAGGGAAUGGGUUUACGGGGGGUUGAUAGCUGCCUGGAGGGCGGCUUUUUUCGGUGAGGCCGGCCAUCGUGUCUGUUGGCAGAUAUGGCGUCGGAAGACACCGCUCUCUUGAAAGGAUGCUGCGGCUACAGCCUACGUUUGUGAACAGUGAAUAUCGAUCGACAACUCAUUCGCGGAAAAUAUUCGAGAGGUAUAGUCGAAAUAUUUUUUAUACAUAUUUAUAUUUAUAAUAUGUUAUAUAUAUUUU